UAGGUGAAUCCAGGCCCCACCUUAAACUUCUAAUUUUCUCUCUCUAAUAUAAACCGUUUCGAUAAACCCCUCCUCCUUUUAUUCUUUCUGGAUCCCUUUUGGUUGGGUGCAAAGGGGGGAAAGGAAUGGCGAUUGUGGCGGAAGGUGGUAAGGAGUUGGAGACGUGCGUGGUAUUAGGGGGACGAGGAUUCGUCGGGAAAUGGCUUGUGGAUAGGCUUCUUCGAAUCGGCAAUUGGAUCGUCCGAAUCGCCGAUUCUUUGCCCAGUCUUCAACUUGAACCCUCCGAGUCCCUUCUUUCUCAUGCCCUCUCUUCUGGCCGCGCUUCCUAUUUCCAUGUCGAUAUUCUUCAUAAAUCUCAUAUUAUUCCAGCUAUUGAUGGCGCAUCAGUUGUAUUUUACAUGGAUUCUAGGGAUUCAUAUGCUCAUGAUUUCUAUAUUUGCUACACAAUUGUUGUUCAAGGUGCCAAGAAUAUCAUUACUGCUUGUCAAGAGUGUAAAGUCAAAAGGCUAGUAUACAACAGUUCUGCUGAGGUAGUUUUGAACAGCUGGCAGGAUAUACAUGGCGGGGAUGAGUCCUUACCAUAUUCCAGUAAAUUUGUGAACAUGGUAACUGAUCUCAAGGCUCAAGCAGAGGCUCUAGUUUUAGUUGCAAAUGAUGCUGACGGCCUUCUUACUUGUGCAAUUCGUCCUAGCUAUGUUUUUGGACCUGAAGACAAUUAUCUCUCCUCUUUGCUGGUCAAUGUUGCAAAAUCUGGCUGGGCCAAGUUUAUUAUAGGGCUUGGUGACAAUACGUCUGAUUUCACCUAUGUGGAGAAUGUUGCCCAUGCACAUAUAUGUGCUGAAAAAGCUCUACGUUCUAGGGGAAGUAACAUAUGUGGCAAGGCCUUUUUCAUCACUAAUCUCAAGCCAAUGAAAUUCAAGGAUUUUGUAUCUCUUGUGAUGGAGAGAUUGGGAUAUCAAAGGUCCAUGAUCAAGAUUCCUGCUAGGGUUGUCCAAUAUUGUACUUUGAUCAUGAAAUGGACAAUUUCAAGGAUGAGCAAUUGGAAUCCUGAUAAUGUGCCAGCUUUUGAUAUUAUUGAAUUAGCAUUGUGCCAUAGGAGAUUUAAUUGCUUUGCAGCUCAGAAAUAUAUUGGAUAUUCUCCUGUUGUUUCCCUUGAAGAAGGAGUUGCUUUAACCACUAAGUCCUUUCAUUCAGCCAGGGAAUCAUCUUUGUCAAGCGAUAGUGACACUGAUGAGGAAUCAAACGUGCAUAAACUGCUAGGAGGUGGAAAAGGUUGUGCAGCUGCCGAAAUUUUAUUGUGGAGAGAUGAGCAGAGAACAUUUACUUGUUUCCUUUUGCUGGUUUUCAUCCAUUACUGGUUCUUCCUGUCUGGGAGGAGUUUUCUUUCAUCUCUUGCCCAGCUUCUACUGAUGAUCGCUUCUGCUCUCUGGGGAUACAGCAUUCUGCCACCAACAAUAUAUGGCAUUGCAGUUCCCAGGAUAUCGUGGUCUUUCUUUGAGAUCUCUGAAGUGGAUAUGAGAAAUUGCUUUUACAACUUAGCAUAUACGUGGAACAGAAUGAGUCAUUUAGCAAGUUUACUAGCCCAAGGAGAAGACUGGUCUAUAUUUUUGAAGGCCGCCAUACCCCUGUAUUGUUUGAAGUUGAUAAUUGCAGAUUGCUUGACUUUUGCACUUGGUAUAGCACUAGCUCUGGCAUUCACUUCAUUCCUCAUUUACGAGCAGUACGAGGAUGAAAUUGAUAGUACGGCAAAUGUAAUAUUCAGCAUAUCAAAAGGUGCCUUUACUUUGCUGAUGAGGAGCUUACGCUUGCCUUUGGCAUUGAUCCAUUCUGAUUCAGAAAUGCCUCGAGGGAUCUGCUCUUCUAGAUUGAAGAUUCAGCAAUGAGAAGGUAUCCUAGUGCUUUACUCAGUCCUAACAAUAGACAGAGGGAGAGUGGUGUAUAUCUGCCUGGUUCGCUUUCCUUAUUUUGGAUGUGUGACCUCUUGUACCAGACGUUUGUUAACUCAAUAUGAGAAGGGUCGUUGGUCUAUAUCUUCUCGAGAAACUAAACUCCCUCACCCCCUCAUUCCCAUACCCUUGUACUGGAGCUACGGAAAAAAACUUGGAAGUUAAAAAGAAAAGAAUGAAGAUACCCCCCUACAAUUGAGAACAGAGUUUGCUCAUUUUGGCUGUAAUAGAUUCCAAAUGAUGAUAACAUAGUGGAUCAGUUGCUUGGAUAUAAAUUGUGCUUAUGCUUGCCAAGUUCUUGCUGUUGUGUGUAUUACAACCUCCUAAUUGUGUUACACCUGAAGAAACAAUGAUCAAUGUGAUUACAAACUA